AUGACCAAUCCAGAUGACUACCUGGCCCAGUUUGAUAACGCAGCCAUACAUCAUCAGUACACCGACGAGGUGAAGUAUAACAGGAGGCAGUUCGCCAGAUGGAGACUCAAGGAAUGGUGUGAGGGCUAUGGCAUAGUGCAGGCUUUCACUUCAGUGGCCUAUCCUCAGAGCAACGGCCAGGCUGAAGUCACCAACCGAGAAAUCCUUAGGAAUUUAUGGGCUAGGCUCAACCAUACUAGAGGUAGCUGGGUCAAUAAGCUCCCAAGCCUCUUGCGGGCUCAUCGUACCACACCAAGAGAGGCAACCGGCAUCACACCAUUCCACCUGGUGUACGGCGGUGAGGCGGUGGCUCCAGUGGAAGUCAGAGUAGAGUAUGAUCGGGUACAACUCUACGAUGAUGGAAACGCCCAGUGGAGGCUCAUGGAGCUCGACCUAGUGGACGAAGCGUGGGACAAGGCCCCUAUCUGA